UUCCCCAGGUGUCGGGUGGGGAGGGCUGGAGGGGUGGUAUUUAAAGGGAAAAGCUGACUGUGCGGCUGAGAGGGAGCGGGUGCUGCGAGCCGCCAGGCUGCACACACACACGCACACCGAUGCACACAGACCUCGACACCGACAUGGACACGGACACGGAAACCACAGCACUCUGCCCCUCUGGCAGCCACCAGGCCUCCCCUCCAGGGACGCCCACACCAGAUGCCACUCUGCUAAAGAAGCCAGAGAAACUGUUGGCAGGGCUGGACCGUGGCGGGCCACCCCCUGCCCUGGGGGCCCCCAGACGAAGAGGCAGUAUGCCUGUCCCCUACAAGCAUCAGCUGCGGCGGGCCCAGGCUGUAGAUGAACUUGACUGGCCACCUCACGCCUCAUCCUCUGGCUCCUCUGACUCCCUGGGCUCAGGGGAAGCAGCCCCUACCCAAAAGGACGGCAUCUUCAAAGUCAUGCUGGUGGGGGAGAGCGGCGUGGGCAAGAGCACCCUAGCAGGCACUUUCGGUGGUCUCCAGGGAGACAGUGCUCACGAGCUGGAGAAUCCAGAGGACACCUAUGAGAGACGCAUCAUGGUGGAUAAGGAAGAAGUGACUCUGGUUGUUUAUGACAUCUGGGAACAGGAGGAUGCAGGAGGGUGGCUGCGGGACCACUGCCUUCAGACGGGGGAUGCCUUUCUCAUCGUCUUCUCAGUCACCGACCGACGAAGCUUCUCCAAAGUUCCAGAGACCCUGCUACGGCUCAGGGCUGGGAGGCCCCACCACGACCUGCCUGUCAUCCUCGUUGGAAACAAGAGUGACCUGGCCCGCUCCCGGGAGGUCUCUCUGGAGGGUGGGUAUCCUGAAUCUCAUCCCUACUUGCAUUCUCAGGGAAUCCUCUCCCUGCCAGAUCAACUCUUCUCUAUAAGGCCCUUCUACGCUCCUGACCCUAGGGCGGCCGGGGGCCCUCGGCCGGAGUGGGGCAGCCCCGAGGGACCACCGCCGCCCGCGCGCCGCGAGAGCCUCACCAAGAAGGCCAAGCGCUUCCUUGCCAACCUGGUGCCGCGUAACGCCAAGUUCUUCAAGCAGCGCUCCAGGUCGUGUCACGACCUCUCUGUGCUCUGAGCCGCGGUCGCCAUGGUCACCGCGGUUGCCAUGCUAACCGCACCCUCCGCUCGCCCCCUCGCCCCGCCCCUCCCCGGUCCGACCGGCUUCCCUUGCGAAGACCGUCUAGGAGGAAACCAGAAACUCUCGGGACGCCCUGGAGUGACCGCGGGAGGCGCCCCCCCCGCCCCCAGGCCCCUGCGGGCGUCGCCCCCACCCGUUCCGCGCGCUCUCCGGUUACCUCCCAUCCCCAGGGCUCCUGGAAGGCGAGGACGCCGACCUGCGGGGGUGCGCCGUGGCCGGUGGGAGGGGAGAAAGGUAGUUCUGCAAGAUGUUCUGUUUUUUAUUAAUUCGCGCUUGACUAUCUCCCCUGUAAAGAGAUCCUAAAAAGCAAGAACUGGAAAAGUGCUUUGUAGACUCCUUUACAGUUUUCCACCUUUGUACUCUGCGCGAAUAUGCCUCAACUUUAAGAGAUUCUUAAAGGUAAAGACACGGAGCUGCUUCUUUUGAGACUUUUCCUUAAGCGUUCUGGCUCUUAAGCUGCACUUGUCCACUUUGCCUUUAAGAAGUUCUUAAAGGCAAGGGCCUGGAAGCGCAGUUCUCCAGAAUUAAUUCUGUGGUUUACCGACUCACCACCGCACUUCCCCUUUAAGGUUAUUAAAGGUAAGAUGUGCAGACUUUUGCCUUCAGCUGCCAGCGUGGAGAGCUGAGCGGUGGCAGCUCCCAUUUGGCCGGGGCCCAGGAGGCACCAGCCAGGGGACCACCUUUUCCUUUUCAAUAAAGAA